AUGGCUUGGGAAACCCCCGCCUGGGUUGCUUCCAUCCUAAGCGUAAUUGGCUACCUUUGGAUCCGCCCAGAGUCCUUUGCCGACAACUCUCUCUACUCGGUCGUCUGCGCGAUCAUCUUCAUCAUCGACCCUCCGCGCCAGGUGCACAAGGCAUUCCUUGCCUGGUAUGCGUCCUUGGCCGAUUUUCAAAUGUCGGAUCUAGUUACAAAGCAUUUUACCGUCGUUCUUCUUGUUCUGGCGGUCACUUGGUUGCUCAAGCGAUCGCUGCAAACAAUAUGGAAGCCAGUACCAGAGCUGGUUAAUAUCUUAGGCGUUGAUAUUCCGCAGACGCCAGACGUAUCUCUAGCUGGCAUACGAUCUGACGCGGCAACUCUUACUUGGACUAAACCUCCCCCGAACCGGCCUGUGGCUAAAUAUACAAUUCAAGUUAAUGGAGUCCAUGUCGGUGAAUCCCCCGGAAACGAAGUAGCCAUCACAGUUACUGGCCUAAAACCGGAUCAUUUUUAUAAUAUACGUGUCGUUGCUGUCGGGCCGAAUUACUUUCAAGCUGGCAGCCCUGUUAUUCGACUUCGAACGUUCGAUAAAGAUGGCCGACCCCGUCAGGGGACCAUCGGAUCGCCGCCCGGCUCGAUUAACAACGACCAACAUAUCAAUUCCCUAAACCAGGUAGAUGGCUCAGCAGCAACUCUACCUACCGUUGAAGCGGCAACUGCAAUUGAAGCCCUCUCCAGUGGAGCGCGCGAUGGUAGCCAAACAAGCGCAUCACAAAGGAAAAACCGGCGCCAUUCACCGUCGAUCACCAACUCGGAGCAAGGGAGUUCGAAAAAGUUCGCUGUAGAGGAUCAAGAUAUAUCGCUAGACGAACUCAAUGAACGCUUCGAGGCAAUCCGCAAGGAGAUUGAUGAGACGCUUGCACAGUAUGCGAAAGACGAAGCCGAUGCAGCUCAACAAGAAGCCGACCUGAAGGAGGAGCGCGAUAAGAAACGGCAAGCUGUCCGCGAAAAAGAAGAACAGACAGCUCAACUGAAAGCCCAAGGCCGAACUACCAUGGAACAAAUGCGCGCCACCGAGAAGGAACGCAACAAACUGAUGGCCCAACUUCGAGAGAAGGAAGCUAAAAAGGACAAAGUCAAAGAUAAUAUUACAGAUCUUGGUGGCGAAAGCGACAAAAUGAAAGCGGAUCGCCAAAAGUUCGACAAACAGAAAUCUGAACUGUCCAAGAAACGCGAUUCGACAGUCAAAGCUCUUAAUAAGGCGAAUGCGGAAUUGCAGGACAAGUGCGCUCAGCUAGAAGCAGAGCUAAAGGACAAGGGCAAGCAGCUGCAGGAUCUCAAGGCUACUCGUGAAAAGCUACCUGGCGCGGAUGAUGAGCAAGUGAAAGAGCACGACGCGAAGCUCUCUCGCGACUGGGAAGUCAAACGCAAGGAUAUCCAUACUCGUCUCGUAACGGAACUGAAGCAAGCACAUCAAUUGGAGCAGCAAACCCGCAGCUUGGAAGAGGAGCUUGCCUACCUCCAGCAGCAAGCGAGUGCAGCUUUCAUGGCAGCGUCUGUACGCCCACCAAGUGUCGACUUCCUGGCCAACAACCAACCCGCCGCCAGAAGGUCCAGCCUUGGCGCUGUUGCGUCAACAAUAGUCAGCAGGCCCUCUCCGACACAGGUUAUGCCAAUUGAUCCCAGCUAUCCGUCCCCUCCGCCGUUUAGUCACGCGCCAUUUGCGCCAGGUUUGUUUACAGAUACUGUAGAUGAUGAUGAUGAUUCAGCACAAGCGGAAGUCGACUUGAGGAUAGCUGCUGGGCCGUUGAGCCCAACGGCACAAGACUACUUGCCUUCUAACAUUUUCGACGACAUGGAUGACUCUGAGCCUGGGGAAGACGACUAUAUUGGUGGCAUUGAUCAUGGAGGAGCUACACCUGACCCUCAAUCGCCAGCAUCAUCUAGUCUGUCUAUCAAUGCUUUCUCUAGCCCGCACGGAUCAUCGCACAAUCUGCCAUACCAACAACCCAUUGGAUUACCACCCACGGCGUCUCCAGCAUCUGGCCAUCGCUUUACGAAUUUGCUGUCGACCUUUCAACGAAACCGAGGCGCAAGACAUUCGACAGACCAAGGCCCACCAAUCGGUAGCUUGAAGUCUGGUCAGAGCCAGUCGUUUCCAAGAGUAAGCGAGGUUGAUGAACCCGUCGAAAGCAAGAAGAAGAUCAAUUUUCCCUGGAUGGGUCGCGCUUCUGCUGGCCCGGAUGGAUCCAUUGGCUCCUCCUCCAAAUUUUCUAGCCGACGUGUGAACCCGCUUCGUCAUUCUACGGGAGCCCCUUUUCCUGAUGCAGAUCCUGAUUCAAGACCAUCCUCCAUCACUUCCAUGGAUCUCCCAAGACCUUCAACGGAUAGCGGAUCUAUCUGGGGUAACCCUGGUGAUAGCGGUGGGCCAAAGAAUCGUCUCUGGCUUGGGGAUGGCCGUUGGCCAUCUCGCAAUGGUUCCAGACGUCCUUCAGUUCAUGGCUCCACGUCUGCCUUAACAACGACCUUGGCAUCCGCUGAUGACGAAAUUCUAGAUGAGCGCGAUCUCCUCGAUCCCCAAACUUCACCAAGCCAGGUUGGCGUCAUUGGGUCUAGAGUGCCUGGACCUAGCAGAUCGCUCAGUCAACGCCUUAAUCCGAAUGCGCCGACCUUUAUGGGACAGAUCUUCCGUCGCGAUAAGGAUGGAGACAGGAGUUUUGGACGUAAAGAUAAAGAUCGCAGCAAAGAUAAGAAGCGCGAUGAACGCGCUCCUGAUGGCAGCGCUCCGAGCAUCGAAUUUACGCCGAGCCUGGACGAGUCACCAGCCGAUUCGCGUAUCUCAAGAGAUGCCUACUCCGUUCACACGCAGACCUCUGUGUCGGAGUCUCAUGAUUCCUUUAUCCUAGAUCCCAACACUCCGUCCGACUUGCAGUCCAACGCUGGCUCUGCCACCAAGGACCAGGAGAACGUUGUUCGAAAGCUGUUUCGUAAGGGGAGCUCAAGCAAAUUCAGCCUGUCAUCCAGACUUGGAAAGGAUUCUGGCCUGUUUAAGAAAGGACCAGGAAGCACUACCAACUCGGAUCGGAACCUCUCAGCAGAUCAGCGAUCAAGCAUUGGCGACAUUGACGACCUCGGUGAGGACGUUCAGUUUGGGCGCAGCUAUGAUAGCAUGACCAGCAGCCCUGUUCUAGUACCCGCGAAGUCGAAGGACAGUAAGGAAUCGCGUAUGAGCAGCUGGCGGUUUUCUAUGAGAAAGAAGGGCCGUGAUGGCAUGCUGAAGGAGAAGGAGAGCAUUGAACUGGAUAGACCAACAGACGAGGAGUAG